AUUAUACAGAACCAUUACAAUCCUGAGCUAAAAUUGGACAACGUGUCGUUGGAUUCUAAUACAUCGCUAUACACAGUAACACAACAUGGUCAUUUGACAGCUACUUUACUUGUAAGUUUUAUAUAUUUUAGAGCCUGCUGAGAGCAAUAUGAUAAGAAUUUUAUAGUAGAUUUUUCAAUUGCUUUAAAAAAAAAAAAUUAUUCACAACAUGACAUUCUCAUUCAUGCCAUUCAUUCAUUCGCAAAAUAGUGUGCGUGUAAGUAGUGUAACUGUGGACCAGUGUGGAGUAGCGUGUUGUGUCAAGUCAGUUUCAAGCACUGUUUUUGGUUUUAUAACUUAAAGACUUAUACUUAUUCGCUAACUGCAUUUUAGCCAACCACUUAUAUGUUUGUAUAGGCCUAAUAUAACUUUUAGAUGUCAGAUGUACUUUUUAACUUUACAUUUCCAUGACUAGACUAAAUAAUAAGUAAUAAGGAAUAAUAAUAAAUACUGAUACAACUCUGGUAUAACUACUUUUACUACUAGGCAGGACCACAUCCACAUGGCCGGCAAAGAAUGAAUGAGAUAAAUGAUGCUGAUGCAUAGGGUGUGCAUGGUAGCUUAAUAAAACUUUUGACUCUAUAUGACUAUGAGGUACAAAGGUUGGCUAAGCUAUCAACAGAAACCAUUGUGGCAAAAUUGCUUCAAAUUCCCUGUCAUUUUCUUAUCGAUUCAAUAUCAUUACCAUUGAACUAUAAUAUUAAGUGAAUUCUAACAUUUAAUUUCAUUUAUCAUUUGACUUUCAUGACAGGAGACUGUGAGUACAAGUUGGCCUAUUGCCUAUUAAUAUUGUUGUCUAUAACCUACAGUGGCUUUAGCCUUUACUGGCUAUUCCUUAGACUACAAUAUUUUAACAUAAGUGAAUUGAGUGGACUUAUGGUUAUACUGUUAUUAAUAGGCCCAAAAAAUAAUUUUUGGUUUUAAUUAGACAAAGUUCAAAUAUCAGGGCCUGUUUUUUGCCUAUCCAAAGCAAUGGCAUUUGAUAUUCGAUACUGAGCAAUUCUACUAACUCAAUAAAACAUAUUAACUAGUAUGGAAGCUCUCACGUCAGGCUAUUUUUUCUCUAAAAACAAAUUGGCAUUGGUUUCAGAUUUUUUAAUUGAAAAUGUUUUAUUAUUAUUAUUGAUUAACUAGGGCUUAACCGGGUGCAGUUUUUUUAUACCUGGUCUGGGACUUUGAGAAAAUACAUGGUGGAUCCAAGUGUUACAAAAAAGAUUUAACAUGUUAUUUUUUAUAAUCUGCAAUGAAAUUUAUUGCCCUAUGUCGCUGUGAGAGUGCAUUGUCUUUGUCAACCAUUUUUAUCAAGAAAUAACCCACUGAUAGGAACAGGCAGUACGAUAAACUGUCAAUAUAGAAAGUACUUUUGUUCAUUUACAUGAAAAAACAGUGACAUUUUUUUAAAAAUAUAUUAUUCUCUAGCGAAAAGAAAUCAACAUAUUUACCAGACUUCAAGAUUUACUCAUGAAGCUGACUGUGUGACAGACAAACGCGAACAAUAACAACACCAAAUAAUUGUCACAUCCCCCUAAAGAUAAAAAAAAUCAACUUAUAUACCUAAGUUCAGCCUUUUUUUUUUUUCACUCGGCACCGUUAAUACUAAUAUCAUAUGAUACAUGCUUAAAAUUUCAACAACUUUCACUAUAGGCUAUUAAGUAUGUGCAGAUGUAUAUACACUCAUAUUGCUAACCUAACUAUAACUUAUAAGGUUGGGCCCUUUUCUUUAUGUACACCAUUAACCUGACCAUGUCAGAUUACCACAGCCAGGAAGCACAACGUCUUUAUCUGAACAAUGGCACAACCGGCAACGAUUAAGCAGACACUGACCUACUUAAAGAUCAAUGCAACGCGAAAUGAGUAUAUAAGACUGGCACAUCGACCCUACGAAGAGGAGAGACCAAAUGAGGAUCAUAUCGUGGUUAGCCGUCCGUUGCAAUUGCUAAGUAGUACCAGAUAGGGCCACUCAAUAGUGACAAUAGUUAGCAGAAAUAAUAAUUCCAGGAACAGAGUUGUAACUGUAUUGUGUAUAUUAUUAGUACUGUGAGAUUUAGAGAGUUAGACUUGUAUUCAUUUCUAUAUAUGUAGAUUUCAUGUAUCUUUGUUCACUUGACAUUCCAUGUAAUAAAGUACAUUUAUAUAGAGCGCUGAUUGUCUUUAUUUUUAGCCAAUAGUGUCUAAAAACUACCUGUGUUAGCCCUCUUUUCAAAACCCCUAGACCAUGAUCUUGUUCACCUUCAUUGAACACUAUAGAGGGCGUAAAAUAUAUGGGACCUCCGUCUGGGAUUUCUAUUCAGAAGAUACUUUGUGAAAUUCUGUUUUAGAACCUUUGGCAACACUAAACUUACAGUAUAGUUAGGAGUGUUAGCUUCUUAUAGGAGUUGUUUACUAGUGCACUGUGUUGUGUGCUUCUAUUUCACUUACGCUACACACCAGUUCUUCAGUGUUAUUGUCUUUGUUCUUGGUAAGUUUUCUAAUUAAGAAUGGAAAUAGAUACAUUUCUCCUUAAUCCAAUUCCUGUCUUAAAAAGUUUUAAAAAGGACAGAACUCAUUCUAGUCUUAAAAGCUUUAGAUAUCAAAUUUAAACCUGCCAGCAGGAAUUCUGUUCUCACAGACCAAAUCAUUGUGCAUUUUGUAAAUGAAGGUUUGCUAGAGGAAGAAUGUUAAAAUCGAAUAGCUCCAGAGAUCAGCAGUGAUCACCCUUUGAAGAUAAGAGAAUUAGAGAUCAGAGAGAAAGAGUUAUAAUUACACUCAGAGAUCCAGAAACAAAAGUUAAGAGUUAGAGAAACAAAAAUGGGAAGGUGAUAGGGACAUGAAACUUAAACAGUUAGAAUGUGAAGAUAGUCAGCCUAGUACUCUUGUCAAUUCUUCUGAAUCAUUGUCUCCUUCUGUUCACUCAUUUGUUCGUAAUGUUCCUAAGUUCAAUGAAACAGACUUGGAAACAUAUUUGAAACAUUUUGAGCUGUUAGAUAGCACAUUAAAAUGGCCAGUGGAAAUCCAAACCAUAUUAUUAAGUACAUCAUUGCAUGGUAAGGUGUCACAAAUCUUUUUCUCAUUAUCAGCUGAGUCACAAAAUGACUACAGCACAGUAAAAGCAGCCAUACUAAAGCUUAUGAGCUAACGCCAGAGGCUUAUCGCAGAAUGUUUCGCAGUCUCAAGAAACAUCCUGAACAAACGAAUGUCGAGUUUCUCUACGAAAAAGAGAAAAUUUUUGACAGAUGGCUGAUCGCUGAGAAUGUCUACUCCCUUGAAAAACUCUGAUCACUUCUUCUUUUAGAAGAGUUUAUGAAUUCCAUCCCUGGGGAAGUGAGAACACACCUAAUGGACCAAUACAUUAAAGAUAUGAGAAGAGCAGCUGCGAUGGCCAAAAUAAAAUGAUUAAAACAGAGUAGGGUUAAACCUGAAAAAAUAAAACGCAACAAAACAGCGAACGUGUCGGCAGAAAGCCUUCGUCAGCGAACAAAACAACAGAAAAAACGGUAUAAAAAUAAGAAAUAGCACUUAGCUGGUAAGUAGUAUCUGUGGGCAGCAAUAGAAGUGUGGCAGAAGGAAAGUGAGUGAGAGUUUAAAUAUGCAGCGGCGAAAAAAAUGGGGAGAAAAAAAGUUUUUUGUGAUAGGUCAGAACGUGGAGAGGCGGAGCUAGGGUCAAGCUGUGAACAGAGACAUAACAUUAAUCCCAUCUGGCGUCAAAGUGUCGUAAGUCAGGAUAAGUGUUCCAAAUUGACCCGGCUGGCUGUGUUUCGUGCGAGCCACAAUCGCACUUAUCGAAAAGUCCGCCUUGCCCUGGUGGUCACCACUAUUGAACUGUUUGGAGACAGGACACUGUUUAUCUUGUGUAAUGUUUCAGAGGUGUUUGGUACACCUGUCGGAGAGACGGCGUCCAGUCUCCCCUAUGUACGUCAUCUGACAGCGGGUGCAGACAAUGGCGUAGAUAACGUUGCGGCUUGUACAGAGGAAACAGUCGCGUAUCUGAGAUGGCCAACAACCAUAACCUCAACUACAGGACCACCAAUCCCACUCUUCGCCAGUUCACACAAACUGUGACACUGCCAGUGACCAAACUACAACAGUUGGCCACAUGAACUCGACAUCAGGACUCACACAGUGAAAGGAAACCAUCACCUCCACAAUUGUUUUGCCGGUUCUGUAAAAGACAAGGUCACCGAGUAGACCAGUGCCGAAGUCGGAACUACAUCCGAAAUAACCAGAAUGAUGAGAAUGUUAGUCCUGUCGGUUUCAUUCACAAGAUUCAUGUACAUCCAGAUCCUAAAGGCCCUUUUGUUAAACAAAACAAAAAGUCGACCCCAAUUACGCCUUGUGACGAAGAAAGAUCUACCAAAUCACUCGCACAGGAAGAUUAUUCAUUCCUGGUAGCUAAGCCUCAAGACCAAGGUCUUCUCUCGUCUCAAGUCAACACACUUAAGGUAUUGCAACCCUUCAUCUCUGAAGGAUAUGCAUCCAUACCUGGGAAAACUCUCUUCUAGAUGAAAGGUUAAAAUUCUAAGAGACUCUGGAUCUUCCAGAUCUCUAAUGUUACAAAGCACUCUCCACUGAUUCAGCAGCGUUUGGUGAAGUCACUCUAUAAGGAGUUGGUUUAGGUCAAACCUCUGUACCUCUCCAUAUCAUCAAUAUUUCACAUAACCUAGUAAAGGGCAAUGUUUUAGUCGCCGUGCUCAAUCAAUUACCAAUAAAUUGUAUUGACCUUGAUACUUGGCAAUGAUUUAGCUGGCGCAAAAGUUUUCUUGGAGCCACUCAAAAACCCUCCAACUUCUUCUUCACCCGCCAAGAGGAAAAAUCAGGAUGCAUACCCAUUAUUUCCAGUCACUAGAGGUAUGUUUGAUUAAUCAAAGAUUGCAGUUCCUCCAAUGAUUCUCAAAGAGACUUUCUUCAUGGAAUCAAACAAACCUAAGACCUCCUACAUAUAACCUACAAAUAAAUCAUCAAGAUCUUUUAGCAGCCUAACUAAGUCAUUCGGAAAUCCAAGACCUUACAAAAGAGGUCAUACCUGUAGAAAACAUGACUAACUCUACAAAUGGUUCUCAAGAACAAUUUGUUACUCAGGAAAUUUUUUCCCGUGGUUGCUUCAGCCAACGAAACUUUGCGUGAUUUCAUCAGUUAGUGAUACCAAAGAUCUACAGAGAUGAGGUGAUGUAUUUAUCUCACAAUCUCCCAUGUCAAGACAACUAGGAAUAAAAAAGGACAUUAGUGAAAAUUUGUGAACAUUUUUUAUUGGCCUAACAUGAAGAAAAAUGUUACACACUAUUGCAAAACUGUGAAGUUUGUCAAAGAAUAGGCAAACCAACUCAAACCAUUCCUAGGGCAUCUUUAUGCACCAUUCCAGCCUUUGAAGAAUCCUCUGGAUUUUCCCCUUUUCAACGUAUAUUUGGACUUUGGACAUACUGUCAGAAGACCACGAAAGGUAGUGAAAGAACAUUGGAUUAAUCAAGGUCAUACUAAAAACGUAAAUACCUUACCAGACUAUGAGUGUGCUAUUCUGCAUCAGAUUUUGACAAUCGAGAAUUUGUAACGGUUAAACACUAAAGCUAGUUCAUAUAUAUUGGAACUUAGUGAUGUCAUUUUGCUAUAAAAAAAAUUCCCAAUAUUAUUCUCAAUUUUUUUCCCCCAAGUAGAAGUGUUUUACAAGGUUGGGGCCCUUUUCUUUACGUACCCCAUUAACCUGACCAUGUCAGACAAACGCGAACAAUAACAACACCAAAUAAUUGUCACAUCCCCCUAAAGAUAAAAAAAAUCAACUUAUAUACCUAAGUUCAGCCUUUUUUUUUUUUCACUCGGCACCGUUAAUACUAAUAUCAUAUGAUACAUGCUUAAAAUUUCAACAACUUUCACUAUAGGCUAUUAAGUAUGUGCAGAUGUAUAUACACUCAUAUUGCUAACCUAACUAUAACUUAUAAGGUUGGGCCCUUUUCUUUAUGUACACCAUUAACCUGACCAUGUCAGAUUACCACAGCCAGGAAGCACAACAUCUAUCCGAAUAAUGGCACAACCACCAAAGAUUAAGCGGACACUGACUUACUUUAAGGUCGAUGCAAUGCGAAAUGAGUAUAUAAGACUGGCACAUCGACCCUACAAAGAUGAGAGACCAAAUGAGGAUCAUAUCGAUACGUUAGCCGUCCGUUGCAAUUGCUAAGUAGUACUAGAUAGGGCCACUCAAUAGUUAGCAGAAAUAAUAAUUCCAGGAACUUAGACUUGAAAUAGUAUUGUGUAUAUUAUUAGUACUGUGAGAUUUAGAGAGUUAGACUUGUAUUCAUUUCUAUAUAUGUAGAUUUCAUGUAUCUUUGUUCACUUUACAUUCCAUGAAAUAAAGUAUAUUUAUAUAGAGCACUGAUUGUCUUUCUUUUAGCCAAUAGUGUCUAAAUCUACCUGUGUUAGCCCUCUUUUUAACCCAAAAAGAUAAAGCUGAAACAUAAAGCUGACAUUUGUCAUUUAAGCUCUUUCACAAUUGACACUCACCACAAUACCUUUUGACUUUUGGGUAUUGUCUUUAAAUGGUGUGGGCAUUUGUUUACAUCUCUUAUUGUUUGAAUUUGUUUGCUUAUCUUUACAGCAUUGUUAGUGAAUUUACUUCAAUGGCCAAUGCAGAUGAAUUGGAGUUCAAUUUAGGGGAGAACAGUGCAAUGAAUAAUGGUGUGUAUCAUUAACCAAUGAUUAACCCAUGUCAAUUGUAAAGACAAUUGGGAGCUCUUUUAGAUACAACAUAAGAUUAUACCUUUUUUAAAAAAUGAAGAAUUUGAACUAUACUAUUCCUCAUUAUUUUAUUUUUUUAUUUCAAGUUUGGUCAUUUUACCCACUCAGAUCAUAUACAAGUCAUUUAUUUUCUUGUGUACUUCAAGCUACAUUCUAAUAUUCUAUUAUUUUAUAUUAUAAUAUAUUAGACUUGUGGGUAAAAUACUAAAGGUCAGAACCUUAAAAUUAAAAAUUACAGUAAAACAGACACAUCCACUUUUAAAUUCUGUUAGCCUUUUAAUAGUUGCAUAAAUUACGCAUACAAUUUUUUUUCUAAAAAUAAAUAUAUCACAUUUAAACUUUUAUUAUUCUCUAGGUAUUGAAGCUAACGAUCUUGUGAGCUUACUGAGUCGUUUUGAAGAAGGUAUCAUUUUUUAUUCUACAACUUUCUGGAAUUUAAACAUAGUGCUAUAAACUAUAGUGUCCAUAGGCAUAGGCUCACACAAUAUUAACUUGUCUACUACUGAUAAUCAGGAUAAAUUGUGUAAGCUUAUUAAAUGUGUCAAUUAUAAAUCUACAUUGCAUAAUUUAUAGCAAAUGAUUACAAAAAUCUUCUGUGAUAUUUUCAGCCACUAAACCAGCAGAUGACUUAAGCAUUUCAUCUUCUGCAAAUGUGAAGAGAAAGUAAGUAGAAGUUUAAGUCCUGGGCCAAAAAAUAGUUUAAAUUUUAAUCAACAUACCGGUACCUAUUAGGGUAUUAUGGUAUACUAACUAAUAUGACUAUAUUGGCGCAAUAUAACAUUAUUUUUUUACAAAUUUUAUUUCAAAGGAUCAAAGUAGUAUAUAUAGUUACAAACAAUAACUGACCGUACUCAAAGUCAUAGUAAUGGUAAGCAAAAUCAUUGUGUUAUUUCACUGGAAGAAGGGUUGUUUUUUUUAAAUUUAUUGUGAAUUUAGAGCAAAAUUUACCUUAUGGUGUCAGGCUGAAUAUUGACGGAUACUGAAGCUUCGGGAGUGACAUCAAUACCAAAUAUUUAAUUAUAAUUUUAGUGUACUUCUCACAUUGACACAUAUAAAUUAAUAUAAUUAAACUUUUCUAUCGGUAGAUAAGGGUUUUUUUGUUGUUUUUUUUUAUGUCAUCAGUUUGGAUACCGGUACUAUACAACUUCUGUCCAUCUUCAGCAUUAGAGUAAAGGAACUCUAGAAAUGGAACUUAAUGUGUUACAUAUUUCCUAAUUAUUUUGCUUCAUUUAUUGUUUUCACAGAAAUCUUUUCUUACGUGCAAAAAGUGCAGGUAAUAGUCCAGGUAAGUGAAGAUUCUUGAUAUAAAAAAAAUAUUUACAUGCUACAAAUCAAUUUCCUUUCAUUUUCUUUUACGAUUUUACUCCGAGACCCGCCAAAACUACAAUUUUCAGAGAGCCGGUGAAAAAAAAAAUUUCCGAUUAAAAUUUAAAAAGUAUUGGUAGAACUUGCAAAACCGAUAGUAAUAGGACAGUUUGGUAUCACUACGAAUACUACACCCCCACCCCUUUUUUAAACGGAAAAAAUCAGACGACUGCUCAAUUAUUUUCUCUAGUAAUGGGGGGGGGGGGGGGGGGUUCUGCCCAGUGGAAAUAAUGACGUCACCAGCACGGAAAGACGAAUUACUGGAUCAUAGUGUGUUAUCACUAUGUCAAGUUCAAUUUUACAACUACAGAAGCGGCUCUCAACCUGUGGGUCGCGACCCUUUCACGUGGGUCGCGACCCUUUCACAGGGGUCGCCUAGGACCAUCUGAAAACACAUACACUCUUCAGUAAUAAAGUAUAAACGAAAAUAAUUUUGUGUUUUGGGGUCGCCACAACAUGAGGAAUUGUAUCACAGGAUCGCGGCACUAGAAAGGUUGAGAACCGCUGAACUACAGGGAUCUCUUUAUGAAAGCACAAAGCAUUAGCUUAUAUGAGUAUGCCUAAAUGCUUACUGCGAAAUACUGUAAAAAAAUUCAUAGCCUUAAUAAUAAUAAUAAUAAAAGGCCUAAUUAGAAUUCAUGGAUUUCACAGAUUUUCAGAUGACAGUUGGCUUUAUAAGAGACUGACAGGAUAAUUAUUAUAUGCAUAAAUGUAGGUGCAGUCUAUUGACCACCCCCCCCCAAUUAAAUCUGUCAUACGCAUCCUCAGCGCGUACAUAAUACGUAAUAGUUAGAUGGCCCUUUUACAUAGUGUUAGAUGGCCCUUUUACAUAGUGUUAUAUGGCCCUUUGUUUUACGUAAUAGUUAGUGGCCCUUUGUUUUACGUAAUAGUUAGAAGGCCCUUUUACGUAAUAGUUAGAAGGCCCUUUUACGUAAUAGUUAGAAGGCCCUUUGUUUUACGUAAUAGUUAGAUGGCCCCUUGUUUUACAUAAUAGUUAGAUGACCCUUUGUUUUAUGUAACAGUUAGAUGGCCCUUUGUUUUACGCAAUAGUUAAUGGCCUUUUGUUUUACGUUGACAAGGUGCGGCUGGGGGGGGGGGGAUAAAUAUUUUUAAAAACUUUUUAAAGUUUUAUUUUGCGUACCAGGUAUGUUAUACAUGAAUGUCCCAUUUCCCAAACAGCUUUGGCAUUUGAAUAUGUUUUACAUUAUAGUUGUAUGACCCUUUGUUUUAUGUUACGGUUAGAUGGGCCUUUGUUUUACGGAAUAGUUAAUGGGCUUUUGUUUUUUGUUGACAAGGGGGGGGUGGGGGGGGGGGUAUAAAUAUUUUUAAAAACUUUUUAAAGUUUUAUUUUGCGUACCAGGUAUGUUAUACAUGAAUGUCCCAUUUCCCAAACAGCUUUGGCAUUUGAAUUUGGCUAGAUUGACGGGUGUGCACAUUGCCUGAUUUUAAUGUUACCAUUAAUGUAAUCAGCGAUCCUUUUUAUUUUCGGUCCCCUAGUUUAGUUUACCUAGUGAGUAUUUUACGAAAUGGCCUCGACAAAAAGAAAGGCACGCGAAACCGAUGAUGAAGAAGAAACGUCUACUUCUACCAAUAAACAUCAGCUUCAACAAAAGAUAAAGAAAGUUUAUAUUCUUGCUUGAAUAUAAGACACAAUUUACUGUGUUGCGAUCUUCAUAGAAGGGUCCAUCAUACGCGCGCUGCACAUCUGCACUGACUACUGUCUUUUCAGUAGCAACCAGAGGCAAAAUGAGUGGUGUGGAUUUAGGAGAUAGUGUGUAUGGCGCGGGUCUAAUUAUUUAAAUCUAUACAGUCAACACCGCUAUACCUAAACUCAGAAUUAGAGAAAUUACAGUAAUGUUUAGUCCACCGAAUGGUAAGCCUACGCAUAACGCUCAAUUGGUGGGCUACGCCAGUGGUUCUAAAAUUUUCGUUUCCCUGAGACCUAUGCCAUACUACGUUUUCGCCAGGCUCCCUGUGUCAAAUUCUAACAUGUACACUUCGAAAUAGCGAAUACACAAAUAAAAUAAGGGUUGGAUAAAAAUAUAUAUAACGUGUAUGUAGGUCACUGAGCACCAUCUGGAACUGCAAACAGCUUUGCUUAGUGGGUUACAGUUUGCACCACGACCGAAAGUUGUCACAUUGAUUUAAAAGUGAAAAUAAAAUUAUAAAUUUUAUUAAAAUAUUUCGCAACGCCCCGAUGAGGAAGCCGCAGCCACCCCCUUGCCCGAGGGCAACGAGCACCCAGGGCGAUGUGGCGUUUAUUCUGGGAACCACUGGACUGGCUGAAUCACUCAUGGUGAAAACCCGUGUCACAUUUUGUUUACUGUAACAUCAUAAUAUACCAUGGAUUUUGUUACGUUUAUUGGGGGGGGGGGGGCUGCCGGUGUUUUAAAGCUCACUGUACCGUACACACAAAGGGGGGGGGGGUCCCAAUUUGUUACCGGGUAAUUUAUUCUUAUUUUAAUACAUUUUAUUUUAUGCUUAUCUGAAGUCAAGUUUGAACUUUCACCGGUGAUUUUAUUUUGACCUGUGACAGACUGGGAUAAUGUGAUCAGCACGUUCACCCAAAUAUUAAUUGAUAUCUAUUAGCCGAUACACAGUGCAAAACAAAGUGACCGCAGUUUGCCGUUAACAUCAGUCAUCUACUGUUUACCUACAGUUCCAUAUUUUCACGCCAGUUUAACUCGAUUCCACUGAACAUGCUCACGCCAGUUUAACUCGAUUCCACUGAACAUGCUCACGCAGUUAACUCGAUUCCACUGAACAUGCUAUAGGAGUAGUUAUUGUAUACAUUAUAUAUACAUGUACGGUAUUUUAUUUAUUUACUAUCAAAAUACUGCAUUGUACGGUUUUGAGAGGAUAUUGUAGGAUUUUAGGAGUUUGGGGGUAAACAGGUUUGGGAUUGUCAUUUGCUUUAAAAGCCUGUAAUUUAAGCUAUCUUGUGUGAGUUUGUAAACUGUAUCUCCAACAGCAAAUCUGUAAAACUAUUUUGGUUUAAUUUAAACCAGAAGAGGUCAAUUUUGUUUUAUCUAUGUUGUGGGAGCAUGCAGAAUGUAAGUUUUGGUGCACCACAAUGAAUUAUUUAUACAACAUCUGAUUAUAAAAACCAUUUUUAUACAAAGUUAAUUCUUUCUUAGAAGUUCAUGUAAAGAAAUAAUCUAUUUAUUUAUUUUUAGCUAUUACCCCACCGGCCACACCUCCACCUAUUGUGAAUCCAGGUAUGGUGAUAAUGAGGGGUAAAACCAAACAACCUCAGAGCACCAUCUUUUUCUCUGGUUCUAAUCUCAGAUCAGUGGAUACGAAACUUCUGAUUCAGAAUUGUAACACAGUAAAGAGGGAGCAGGUGAUUAUUGGUUCCAAGAACUCCACCUACAGAACUCUACAAAUGCCAAUGUUUAAUGGGCAAAUGAAUGCUCCGAAGAUGGUGCAGGUGGUUCUUCAAGGUCCUGGCAAACAACUUUUACAGCAUAAUCUACAGUCUUCCCAACCAGUUGUUGGCCAGUCGUUGCUCAGUAUUUUAAAGUCCAAACAGGGAGAAGCAAAAGAGACAUCAUUUCAACAUACUAAUCUCAAUAUCCCAGUCAGUCUCAGUCCUGCCUCCUUUACACAAUCUCUCUUAGGUCAAGAAAUAAAAUCCUCAACUGCUGUAUCAACUGGUCUCACACAGGUCAUUGCACUCCAGUCUGGGGUUAUGGCCCCCUACUCGAACCCCAAAGUUAAACUUUCCAAUGGGCUCCCCCAACAGACACUCUGCACUGCUGCCAGCAGGCUCACUCAUUCCGCCUCUAUGCCAGUGAUAUCAUCAGCCACUCCUAAACCAAUGGGGUCUGUUAGGACUGAUGAGUCUGACCAUGACUACUGUUUUUUCAAGACAAAUUGGAAAAAUUCUCCCUCCAUGGACAAAGGUAAAUUAAAGUGUGGCACUGAGCCUUCAUGCUCAAGUUUGCACAGUUCAACUACUGAAUUGGGUGGCCUUGAGUUAACUGAAGAGGCUUCAGUUCCACUGGAGGUCACCGCCUUACCACAAGAGAGGCCUGAAGAGGAGAUUAUUCUUGAGGAAAUCCAAGUUUUUGUUGAUGCUAAUGGAAAUGAUGCAUUGCUGCUUGACUCCUGUGAUUCUAACCUGAAGGUUCAAACUGAAAGCCCUUACAAUAAUAUUACAUUUUCUACGUCUAGGAGGAAUGCAGAAGGUAAGAGAAUACGCAAGUAUCGCCAUCGGAAAAUUUCCACCAGCCAUAAGCCACCCGAACCGACUCCUGCUGUAGAAGAUGAACCUGGGCAAUAUUAUGAAAAAAUCCCAAAUUACUACACAGCUCUUUCUAUUCCCAUGAAGCCCAUGAAAACUACAGUGUUUGCUACUGCAACAAACUCAAUAGGCAGGUCUGAUCAUCUGGAUCUAGAAGAGAAAUAUGACCCAGUGGAGGAGUCUCACUAUGAUAAAGUGCCUGCCCAUCGUCGCUGUUUUACCAAUACCACCAAAGACGUUGAGUUGGAGGAUAUAGAAAAGGAGAGCGUUCUAUCGCCGGCUGCAGAAAGUAAUUUAAAAUGUUCUCAGAGUCCAGGGGCUGUAUCACAGCAUUCUAGUCGAUGCAACUCGCCAUGCUCUCCUCGUGGUGCAGAAAGACGCUCACGGUCAACCUCACGCCGCUCAUGGGCUGGCUCCAGGAGUUCUUUCCGCUCAAAUUCUGCUUCAUCGGAUUGUUCAACUUGUUCAACCUGCAGCAGUCGGUCCUACUGUUCAACCUGUACUCAAUCAUCAAUGUCCAGGUCUAGAUCCAGGUCUGCUAGCUCAUGUCACAGCAGCAGUUCUUCUUCCUGUAGUGGAUCCAGGUAUGCCUAUGUCUUUGUCGUAAUACUUAAUAUAUCUUAGUAUUCUAGUUAACCUGUUGGAUUUAAUGAACAGUUUGUGAUGGCUGACACUGACAGACAAAGAAAUUAGAUCUCAAAAUAAUUUGAAGUUUACAUUGUAAAACAUUUAAUUUGUAACAGGUCUCCUGUCUGGAGAAGGGAAAGAAGGCUGCGUAGUCAUAGGACCAGAAGUAGAUUCACACCAAACUGGGAGCCCCGAUCAAGGUCGAGGUCUCGUAGUCUGAUACGCAAAGAUCGAUCCAGGUAGAAAUUGGUAGUUUUUAUUCCCUACACAAUUAAGGUUAAUUUCUUCUUUAAUCUAUAUGCUAUAUUAAAUAUGACUGUUAUUUUCAUGGAACCAGCAAAAAGAAGAAAUUAUUCUCUGUAAAGGACUUAAAUUCUUAAUAUGGACAGUGAUAGCUCUAUGGAGGCUUGUGUUUCUAGAAAUAUUGUCGUUUGAUUUAAGGUCCAGUCCAUCAAGCCAUAGAAAAAAGUCUCACUCUGGGAACAUAAUGUCUGAGAAAAGAAAGGCCAAAGAAAUAGAGCGAGAGAAAGCAAUGGUAUUUUUUUUAAUACAUUUUUUUUAAAAUUUUUGCUAAAAGUUUUGCAGUAGAAAUACGUCACUUUUAUUUUAAACUUACUUGUAUGCUUUUUGUACAUAGCUAGAAUAAGUGGUUUUAUUGCACAUUGUUAAAUUCAUUAAGUCUGUACUGAUGAAUGCCACAAGGAAAGGAUUAAUUGAAACAAUUGCAAUAAAAAUUCUACAGGAGGAAAGGCGUGUUGUUUAUGUGGGUAAAAUACCAAAUGCUUAUUCCAAGAAACAGCUGUAUCAAAGAUUUCAGUGUUUUGGUGAAAUAAAAGAAGUUAAGCUGAAUUUUAGAGAGCAUGGGUAAGUAAGAAAAAGUAAUGUAAUUGUUUAUAUGUAUUAUCACAAGAUUAACUCAUUCCCUCUGGCAGUGCUACUUGCGUACUUAAUUUAAUUCCUGAGAAAGGGGAAGCAACUCAGUUUUGAAAUUGAUUUAAAUUUUUAAAAUAAGGACGAAUGCAUCAAAAAAUGAAUAAGGUUUAAUAAAAAAAAUAUAUAUAACAUAAGCUGCGAAAAAAUAAUGAACAAUGGCCAAAAAAUCGAUUUUCGGCACCUCGGACAAACACACGCUAGGUAAAGAUGCACAUAUUAAAGCACACGUAUUUUUAAAGUGAAACAAGAUAAAAACUUCCUGUUUUUUAAAUUAAAAUCAUGCAGAAUCAGGCCAUAGCCAGAAGUCUCGAGGGAUGCAAGAUUUCAUUGCUAUUUUUAACUAAAAAUAAGAUGUGUAUCGCUAUGCGCUGAGACGCAUUUGGGUGCAUCCGUCGAAACCCCCAAAGGGCGCAUUUAGUCGCAACCGUGGGGAAUGAGUUAAAUAGUUUUGACAUUGCAGUUGGUGUGUGGCAUGGCAAUGGUUUAAAUAAAGUUGGCAUUUUAGGAUUAGAAAAAUUUUCUAAAAGAUGGUGGAAUGAAUAAAUGUAUGGUAUUUUCACUUAAUAUGAAAUGUUUGUUGUAAACAAGAUUUUAGUCUGUAGCCAAAUAAACAAAACAUAUAUAUUUUCUUAUCUCAUUCAGGGAUAACUAUGGUUUUGUUACAUUUGCCUAUGCUUGUGAUGCCAUAGCGGCAAAAGAAAGUAUGUAUUGUCUUAAAUCUUUGACAUAAACUUUCUAGUGUUAGUAGGCUUCUUUCGUUUGUAAAAUCAUAACAAAUAUUAUGGCCCAAGUGUAAUCAUGUAUAUAUAUUUUGUUAUAUUUCACAUUAUGAACUGACUUUUAAAAAAUUAAUAAGCAAUUAAUUUAGCCUAUGUAAUGUGUGGUUAAAAAAAUAUUAUUUUUGUAAUUUGUAUUUUUUAUAUUAUUAUUAUGGGAUUAUAGGUGGAACGCGUAUUACACGGUUAAUAACUAAAUUUCAUCAUGAAUAAUUUACAAAAAGUUCUUGGAUUCAUAUUUGGCAAAUACUUGUCCGAAAAAACUUGGUCCCUUGUGAAAAUGUCUACCCCUUUUGUACUCUAGUUAUGUUAACAUUUGUAACUGUUGAAACCAUUUUAAAAAAAUUCUUAUUGCAGGAGGGAACAACACGCCAGACAUGCACAAGUUUGACCUCUGUUUUGGAGGAAGGAGACGUUUUUGUCCUGAUCAGUAUGCUGACUUGGGUAAUAAAAAUUAGUUGUCACAAAACUAGCAAAUUGCUCUUUGAUAGUUAAUAGACAUUUUAAUUGAUGCCAAUCUAAGCAGUGCAUGUGAUGUGAAUGAAUUUCUUUGCCAGCCAUGUCCAAUUCUAUUCACUGUGCUGGAUUGAUCAUCCUAAGUAAUGAAUGCCAUGACAACACUGAGUGCAGCAACAAUUUUUUUAUUAUUCAUUUCAGAUGGUAACAAUGAAAUAGAGGAAGAGUAUGCUCCAUUACCAAAGAGAGAUCCCGAUGAAAUAGAUUACGCUGCUCUCCUGAAACAGCACAGCACUCAACAACGAAAGAAAAAAUGACAGAUAUCUGUGUACUUUAAUGUCAAUUUUGUUCAAAAUUAUUUCAAUUGUGUCAUUUGACAUGCACUUUUCUAUUUUUGUGUCUUGACUUGUUACAUGCUUUCAAAAAGAAAAGAUUAUAACCUUUCUGUCUUCUUGAUUCCAAGAAAGUUUUUUGGAUGAUCUACUUGUUCCAAAGUACAAAAUACUUAACAGUGGUGGGAAAACAUUGAUCGUUUCUGUACUCCGUUUUUUUCACAGGAUUCUUUGAGUGUAUUGUUGUAUACCAGUGUUGAUGAUUUGCUUGAAAGGGAACAGUUGUGAGAUUCCAAUAGUUUAGUUUUAACCAGUCUUCCAAAUUUAAUGAGCAUAAUUUUUGUGUUACAGUUACUACCAUGCUGAGGUCAAAGGUUGUUUGCCAGGCUAAAUGUCCACUGGUAUUUGAAGCUUCUUAGUAUGACGUGACUUGUGACUCGUUUUACACUGGACAAUGCAUUUAAUUGCCUUGUAGAACUUUAAUUCAGUAAUGACUUGUGAUUAGGGGAGAGCUAUGGUUACUUGCACCAGUUGUAUAGACAUUGUAAUUGUACAAUAUUAACCAACGGGGUUUUGAUUUGUUUACAGGUACCGUAUUUGAGUUGCAUUUUCAAAAGGUGGUUGAUAUUUCUGUGUGAGACUCUAUUCCAAUUGGUUGAUAUUUCUGUGUAGGACUUCAUUCCCAUUGGUUGACAUGUCUGUGUCAGAGUAGUGAGACUCCAUUACUAUUGAUUGAUAUUUCUGUAUAAGACUCUGUUCUCAUUGGCUGAUAUUUCUUUGUAAGACUCUCCAUUCCCAUUAUGCCAACAAUUGGUCAGGUCAUCAGCACAAGUAUUGUGCUCUAGUAAAAGACAAGAUAAAUUUAAAGCCAUCUUCUGUAAAAAACCAGAGUCCUCAUGCCAAUAAGUGUUAAAAUAUCCGUCCAUCUAAACCAGGCAUUAACAGCAGCACUUUAAUGCAUGUCACGGUGAGCAUUGGUACAUGUUUGUUGAGAUCAUCCACCAAUGGCAUCACAGGAGAUGAGAAGGAUUAGAUAAAGUGUCGGGCAGUGGGUGCUGGAACUGUAGGUUUAUUAAGUGAUAUACCAAAUGACCAGAGCUGACUGACAAGAAAGGGGAUACGUUAUCUCUCUUGUUGGAUCAGACUACUUGACAGGUGGAUUAUGUCCCGUCUGACAGUAGUGCCCUCAAAUUAUGACUAUUGAAAGAAACAUUUUAAAAUAUUUCGUAAGGUCAGCACAGUGACCACCCUCUUUGUACUGUAGUCCUCCCCGCACCCCAAUUUUUUAGUGGCUAGCAGGGUAAAAAUGAUGUGCCUGUGAAAAGUUUGUCAGCUAUGCGAGUCAUUACUGUUCAUGAAAUGCUGACUGGUAUUGAUGAGUUAGCUUUAGCUGCUCUCCUCAAGAUUGAUUUCUGUGCUGUUUCUUUGGUUCAAACAUCAGUUUUCUACUUUUUGUAUUAGCAUUUUGCUGCCUGGUGGGGG